AUGGCGGAGGAGGAGCUGACAGAUGUCACGAGCCUGCGGCAGCGGAUGGACCCCGAGCUUCACGUGAGGGAGGAAGGCCGGCUACGUGUGCCCAACAAGCAGCAGCUACAGGCCGUGCAUCAGGACAUUAACCCUCGUGGUUAUAGCAAGUGGCCCCUGGAGCGUUUCGUACGCGCAGCGCAUGAAGGGGACUUGGAGCUCCUGACGAAGAUGCUCAAUCGGGAGGAUCCCAUCGAUGGCUACCAUCACGACUUCAAUGCGCACCACAAACCAGAUGGCUACAAUGCCCUUCAGGCAGCAGCCAUGGCAGGUCAGCUGGAAGCCGUGCAGAUGCUCCUUGAGGCGGGCGUCGACCCACAUGUGAAGCGCAGCAUGCCCGAGGGCGAAGAUCCCAAAGAGGGCGAGACUUCCCGGGAGCUGGCGGAGAAGCAUGGUUGGGAUGACAUCGCGGCUGCUCUGAAGGAAGCGGAGAAGAGCUUCCCACGCGGCUUGUACAAAGAGUUUGGCCGGAACAACAACGCCAAGCUUUGGCCCAUCGAUCGCCCAGAAGGAUUGGAUCCUGAGCAGGAACAGCGUGCCAAAGCGGCCUACAAGAAGAUGUCGAGGCCGUUGCCUCGCAAGGAAGACCGCCUCUUCUACGGCGACCUGGUCUUCGGUGUGAACUUCGGCACUGAUGCAAAAGGGCGUCCGAUCAAGGUGAAGAAGCCCAUCGCGCCGGCAGAGAAUGGCGCUGUGGCCGAUGGGCAGGUCCAUCCACAGGCUGAAGCUGCAAAGGCAGCAGCCGAGGCACCAGGAACGUUGCCAGCCUCCUCCUCCUCAGACGUCUUGCCGUCGCCCGGAGGAGAAUGCGAAGGGGAUUUCUGCCGAGGCCCUCUGCGCAGGUUUUAUGGCGCCAGGCCGGAGCACCUGCCUCCGCCCUUGGACACGGAUAGAGAGGAAGAGCCUCAGACCGAAGCCAUCGAGGAGACCGUCCGAGUGAUCGGCGCCAAGCGCACAGACGUCGUGCGGGAUUCCGGAUUGAAACGUGAGUCAGCCUUGACCAUGGAGGAGAAGGUGCUCGAAGAGCUCGAGAAGCUGAAAUCCGUGAUCCAUGGCCACUUUGAACGUCAGACUGCCUUGCUGAAGACUGUGGCACGGGGCGUCCCACUGGAGCCGCGCGGCUUGCAGCACGCCCUCCGGCCGAUCCCGGCGGCCAGCCCCGAGGGCGAGUGCGCGAAGCCUACCACAGCGGAAGCUAUGCAGCUGGGCAUUCGCCGGAGCACGCAGACUGACGCCUCUGCCUCAUCGGAACCCAUGUCCUCCGUCAUGUCUGCCGCUUCGGAGGGUUUGAAUUCCUCCGAUACCUUCGUGAAUGAUUUCUUGAAGGCCUUUGAAGACAAGGCACACCAUGCGGCGGAGCGGCUCUAUCAAAAAAAGCGCAGCUCGUUGUUCACCAACUUCGACGAGGAGACCUCCGUGCGGUCCUAUGCGAAAAGAUUGGUGAGGAGUCCCUUCUUUGCUCACGCAGUGACGACCAUCAUUGUCUUCAACUUGGUGAUCCUGGGGAUCGAAGUGGACGUCUCCACCACCCUCGGGCAGGACGAUAUCCCCCGCUGGUUUGGGGUGUGCAACGGCAUUGUGGUGAUCCUUUUUACGCUGGAGCUCGGGAUCAGCUUGUACGCUCAAGGCUGCCGAACCUUCUUCUGUGGCCGUGAGCGCUGGUGGAAUUUCUUCGAUCUGGUGAUCAUCCUCCUCUCGCUUUUUGAAAGUGUUCUAGACUUCUGGGUCGAAUCCACCUCGUCUGCCUCCCAGGGGGUGAGUGCCUCACACUUGCGCUUCGUGCGCACGGUGCGCCUAGCGCGUGCCCUGCGGGGCAUCCGAGUGAUGCGCUUGUUGCGCUAUGUGAGCGCCUUGAGGACGCUGGUGCUCUCGAUCAUGAGUAGCAUGGCUUCCCUCAUGUGGACGCUGAUCCUUCUCUUGCUCCUCUUCUACUCCUUCGGCGUGCUCUUUACUCAGCUGGUCUCAGAUGAGUGCAGAUAUCAAGAAAUCGCACGCACGCAACAAAGCAACUCAGUGCCGAGAUGUGAGGAGGACUUCGGCGACUAUUACUGGUCUUCGAUCUCCAUGAGCAUGCUGACCCUCUUCAUGUCCACCACCGGUGGUGUCGACUGGGAAGAUGCCUUGGAUCCAUUGAUGAAGAUUUCGCUCAUCGCUGUGGGGUGCCUGGUGGUUUAUAUUACCAUCACCUUCUUCGCCAUUGUGAACGUGAUAACAGGUGUUUUCGUGACGACUGCUAUGGAAACCACUGCAGCUGACAAAGACUUGAUGGUCAUGAAGCAGCUGCAGAGGAAGAACGUGCAAGUAGAUGAUUUGAAGUCGCUCUUCGCGGAGAUCUCUGGGAGCGAGCGAAACGUGGAGGUCAGCAUCCAUCAGUUUAAGGCGGCCAUGUCUUCGGCCAAGUUCGCGGCAUUCCUGCAAUCGAUGGGUAUCUCCACUGAGGAUGUCGGGGUUCUGUUCAAGCUGUUAGAUGCCGACGCUAGCGGCUUGGUGGAGCUCGAUGAGUUUGUGACCGGAUGCUUGAAUCUGCAUGGCACCGCCAAGAGUUUACAGCUGGCGAGGAUGAGCUAUGAGAACAAGUUGACUCGGCGGGAGAUCAAACACAUGCACGAUGCGCUACGAGAUCUGCACCUCAUGACUACGAUGCUGUAUGAGAACUGGACUGUGUGA